UCCAGAUUCCUGCAGAACUACUGCCGAAAGUAACAGAAAAAUGACUUCGCCGCGUAUUUUAUCCAAGGACGAGAGAGAGAUCAUUUUCAACAACAAUGCGGAACUUGUAUCGGGAGGUAGUCUCACGAACAGCUCGACGACAGACUUCCAGAACACGACCCUCGUAGAGAACGCCGAUGACGACGACCCCGGCUCGAGUACUAAGUUACUUGAUCGUCUCGCAACGGAGCACAACGAUGGCUCACUGACACCAGAAAGUAACAAAGUUCGUAACAAUCGAACGAUACUAACAGCCGAGCAGCAAAACCUGCUGGAGCACGAGUUCGAGGAGAAGGGCUUGUACAUCAGUCCGAGGCGGGCGGUCGAAUUGGCCAACAAGUUGAACCUUCAGAAGCAAAACGUGCUGAUCUGGUACCGUAACAGGCGCCGCAGGCUCGGCGCGCAGAGGAAAAAAUGGGUCCCGAGUGCCGCACAACUGGCCGAGCUCGAGCAGGAGUACGAGCUGAGCAAGAUGUACCACUUGGACAAGGCUCGCAGGCAGAUGGUAGCCGACCGAUUUGGGGUCGAAGAUAAAUGCUUGGCUGAGUGGUUCGCAAUGCGCCAGGCAGAGGAUGUGGCAAGAGACUCGGAGAACGCCGCCGCCGCUGAUCAGUUUACUUUCUCCUUGCCCGACUCGUCGACGGACUGCAACAACGCCGCCGGGAGUAUAACCUCCUUGAUGUCGAGCCUCGACGAGAACACGGUCAUGCAUUACAAACACUUGACCAAAUCAUUCUGUCCGGAUCUGUACGGUGAGCUCGGGGGUAUUGACGAUCAUCCGUUGAACAGGGCGAGCCAAGGUUACGACCUGCCAGGGAAGCCCUCCAAACGCAGGCGAUUGCACGAGAGUAGCGAAAGUGAACUGGACGAUGCUAACCCUCACAAGGACGAAUUAGUCGCUAAGGCCGAGAGUGCUGCCGACCAACCGAUCGACUAUUCAAUGAAUCCCAAGAAACGCAAGAGACUUUCCAUUUGUCUUCAACGGGUGGACUUCCCUAUGGCUAACACUGAGGAUGCUCCACUUCAGGUCCACAUGAUCAGUAACAGCCCUAUAAUAUCCGGUGACAUAUCAAACGCUCAGUUAACUAGUUUUAACAACCAUCAGACGUUCGAUGCAGAGUACGACACGUCUGAGCAUUAUUGCGGCAAUGAUUGCAGUCCGUCAGGGUUGAUGAUGAGCAAACAGGUGGAUGAUGAUAAUCUGAGUGAAAGCUACACCCCUAAGAAGCAGAACAAGAAGCCAAUGCUGCUGACUUGCGAGCAAAAUUUGAAGUUGCAGGAGGCGUUUAGCAAGAGCCCGAAAAUCAACAAGAAAAGAGCUAGCGAGUUAGCCGAUGAGCUAGACAUACCGAUGAGCAGAGUUGAAAACUGGUUUCGUAAGCACCGAGUUGAGCAAAAUGUUAAAAUCAACCGUAGUGUAUUAGCGACAGAGGCGAGGGAUCGUUUGGAGAAGGAGUACACUGAGAAUCCGAUUCUGGAUAAACCACGCAAGAAGUCGCUCGCUGAUGAGCUUGGUAUUAACGAGAAGGCCGUUUAUGCUUGGUUCUAUAGACGCAACAAAAAGCAGGAGGUGGCAACAGUCGAGCAGGAACCCGAGGAAGUGGUUGAGUUGCUGAUGGAGCCUUAGGCUCAAUAAUGUAAAAAAUUUUUUUGUUACUACUUUUGUUUGUGCUACUGAUUUUUUUUUUUUUUUUUCAUUUGCAUGUGUAUAAUUUUUUAAUUGCAUUGAAUAUUAGUAAUACCUUUUGUGAUUUGCUUUUUAAAACGGAGCGGCAUUUCGUUGCGUAAGCAUUUUUAAGUCAUUAAUUUUAUUGAUUUACCAGUACGAUGCUAGAAUUACAUGCGCGGAUUUUUGUAUGUUGAUUGUGCGAUGUGAGGUUUAUAUAAAUUUUAUAUGAAUUCAAGGCCAGGACGAGGCUUAAGUGUAUCCGAAAUUAAGUAUUUUUCAGCCACAGAAUGUAAUAAUAAUCGGAUUGUAAAUUUUUAUAAUUGUAUGAUCCACAGUUGAUGUACUGCGUAUUUAAUAAGAAUAACAAAAAUAAUAGUAAUAGUGCACUUGUAAGAAAAUAAUAACUUACUCAAAUACAUUCAUACA